AUGAUGCCAGUUACCUUAUUCAAUGCGGUCCUCAGACCCACACUUAUCAAUGUCAUGAAGACUUCAACUGUCAAAUUCUCUCCGACAGCUGUUUCAUGCAUUAUCCCCAAAAGCCACUUCCAUAUAUCUUCUGUCCGAAAAGAUAUUGAUCAAGCAGCCAAAUACAUUGGUGCUGGCGCGGCUACUGUUGGAUGUGCUGGAUCAGGCGCUGGUAUUGGAUCUGUAUUUGGAAGUUUGACUUUGGCAUACGCCAGAAAUCCUGGUCUAAAACAGCAACUAUUUACCUACGCUAUCCUUGGUUUCGCUCUGAGUGAAGCAAUGGGUCUGUUUUGCCUGGUAAUGGCUUUCCUCAUUUUGUAUGCUUUCUGA